AUGAUAUUGUUUACCAUCAGGAUGAAAAAAAAAAAAAAAGAUGAAGAAAAAAGAAAAAAAACAGAAGAAUUAGAACAAGAUUCUAUUGUAAUUAGUGAACUUACUUCAAGCCUAACACGUUCACAAAUUUCAAAAACCAAGGAGCAACAACAAACAAGUACAGCUGCUUCCGCAACAAACAAACCAUUGAAGAACAAAGACAUUUCUAGUGACAAUUUAAUGGAAAAGCUGUCUAGUGUUAAAGAAGCAAAUGAAAUAUUAACCAUAGAUCCUGAUCGUCGCUUCACAGCAUUACUAUCCAGCCAGCAAGGUAAUUCAAAUGCAUCGAUUAAAUUUGAUCAACCGUAUGGAAAUGCGGAAGGAGAAUGGAGUUGUCGAUCAGGAUGCUGUUCAGAAGCUUUCAAGAAUAUGCGACAAACACCCGACUUUUAGCUGCAGAAAAUCAGUGCAUAAGUUUGCAAUUAAAUAUGUGUAGUUUAUAGUGAAACUUACGAGGGAACCACCCGAUGUAGCUAUUGCAACACGAUAUUAUGUUUACAAGACUUUUUCGUUAAUUAUCAUACUCAUGAUAUUUGAUUUAUACAAACGUGUAUUAGGCUUUUAUGAAUUUUUUCACUUUUCUUACUCUUUUUGUUUAGUAUUCAUGCAUACAUACAAUAAUAGAGAGAUUAACGUGUAGUCUUACUACACAUUCGGCAUAUAUUUUUUUUAUUAACAUCACUUUGCCCAUCAGUUCUGAGUUUGCUUGCUGUACUCAGAAACCUGCAUUCUCUUCCCACUUAUACACGUGACUGUUAUAAUAACCUCAAUUCAUAAUGCGCAAUUUGCGGACAAUGACACAACUUUUUAUUGUUUACAUAUUUAUUGAUUAAUUAUAUUGUGCUCUCGGGCGUAAAGUAUGUAUACACUAAAGUGCAAGUAAAUACACUAUUAUGUAACGUUUGUCAUAUUAUAAUACAUGAUUAAAUUCA